AUUCUUUGCGCGUGCGCUGUGGCGUAAACGACGGGGAGCUGAUACGUGUCGCCGUGGUGUAUUUCCGGUGUUGUGGUAUCUUAUGAUUAUUUAAGAGUGAAUAUCCUGUGUCCGUUCUAUCAAAACCACGAAUUUAAGUUUCCUUACCUUUCCUUUAACUGCCAGAAAUGAAUACAUUGACAUAGUCCUUAUCGACUGAUUCGUAGGUCGGGUCGGCUCCAGCUCUCCAUAUGCCAGGUUUUCUUUUCCCUUGUUAAUUUGUUUCGGAAGCGUCUUCUAAGAAGACCAUGGCUGAAGAAGUGGAAAAAGAAUACCUUUCUUCUCUUAAAGAUCUUUCAGUCAAUUGUAAGCCCCUGAUCAACAUGCUUACCCUCCUCGCUGAAGAAAAUGAGGCAAAUGCGCCGGUGAUCGUCCAGACGAUAGAAAAGCACCUUUUGCAGACCGAGCACAAGCUGCCCUGCCUGUACCUGAUGGACUCCAUCCUGAAGAACGUCGGCAAGCAGUACGUGCAGCUGUUCACCCAGAACAUUGUGUCGACGUUCGCCGGCGUGUUCGAGAAGGUGGACGAAAAGGUGCGCUCCUCCAUGUUCCGUCUGCGCCAGACGUGGUCCGGCGUGUUUCCCGCCAAGAAGCUGUACGCCAUCGACCUGCGAGUCAACAGUAUCGACCCGGCGUGGCCCAUCAUGAGCGCCGGCAGCAAGAGCAGCACCAUCCACAUCAACCCCAAAGUGUUCAAAAAGAAGACGGUGCCGGUGGUGCCGGAGACCCCGGCGGCUCCCGCCCCACCGCCCGCCCCUCCGGCCCCAGCGCCGGCCGCCUCCACGCUGGACCUCAUCACGGAGAAGCAGAUGGAGCUGCUGAACCUGCAGAUCCAGAAGGUGGAAUUAGAGCUGCAGUGCGCCGCCACGCCGGCCGAACAGCUCGCCAAGAAAAAGGAGCUGCUGGAGCUGCGCACAGAGAAGGCACAGCUCGAGCUGCAGCAGGCCACCAACAAACUCAAAAGCAAGGCGGCGGCAGCGGCGUCCACCACAUCCACCAGCACCUCCUCCAAGACCAAGUCGGCGGCCGUGUUCACCACAGCGACGAGCAGCACUGCGCCCGCUCAGCCGCCGCCGGCGCCGGCCGCUGCCGAGGAGGAGGAGGCCCCCUCGCCGCCGCCUCCGGUGGCCGCCCGACCGGCGCGCGCCCACCACUCGUCCCGGCACAAGGCCAAGUCCAAGAUGGCGAUACGGCCGGCUCAGCUGGGCACCGCGCACAGCGGCGACCCGCGCUCGGGCGCCCGCGCCGACCCCAGGACGGCCGCCCAGCCAGAGUCGCGGCCCGACCCCAGGGCAGAGCCGAGGGCCGACCCGCGGGCGGAGGCGCGGGCGGACCCGCGACAGGCGGCCACCCGCGACCCGCGGCUCAACCGGACCGCCCCCGCCCCCGCUCCAGCCCCCGUCUCCGCCCCGGCGCCGGCUCCCGCGCCGUCCGCGCCUGUGGCGCCGCCGCCGCCGAUAAUCCGCUCAUCUACCUCCACCUCCUCUGCGUCCCUGCGCCGGAGCUCGCCAGCCACCGCGGGCUCGGCCUCCCAGCAGAGCGGCGCCGCCGCCGACGGCCGGGAGCGGAGCUCCGCGCGCGGCUCCUCCGAGGCCGCCAAGGGCAGCAGCCGCUCCGCCAAGAGCAGCAGCUCAAAGUCCACCAAGUCGUCCAGCUCGUCGUCUUCCAGCAGCAGCAAGUCCAGGGACUCGCCGAAGCAGCCCAAACUGUCGCCCGAGAGUGCCAAGGAAAAGAGCUCGCCCAAGUCGUCGUCAAAGUCGGCCGAGUCGCCGCGCAAGAAGCAGCCCCCUGAGUCGCCCAAGCGGAAGGCGACCAGUGACUCGCCGCGGCGGAAGACGGCCGAUCCAGUGAAGCGGAAGGCGACCGAGUCGCCGCGCCGCCGGCCGACCGACUCGCCCAAACGGCGGCACACGGAGACGCCGGUCGAGUCGCGCUCGACGGCCGUCGACGCCGAGGACGAGGCGUCGCUGCUCUCCGACGGGAGCCUGUCUGAGGGCGACGCGCCCAGCCCGGCCGUGUUCCGGCGCGUGAAAAAGUCGCGCAGCCGGCACUACAAGCAGCCGAGCGCGUGGAGUCCCAGCCCCGAGCGGACGGCGCAGGACACGGACCUUCGGGCUCAGCUGGGCGGUCCGCGGCCCGCGCCCGCCACCCCGCCGCCGGCCAAACGACGUCGGACGUCCGACUCUGACGACACAGAGAAGGAGAACGUCAGUGACGUCGACCUGCGGCAGCUGCCCGGCCAGAAGGCGCCAUCCACCGACGCAGGCGCGGCAGACGCCAAAAAGGCCGGCCUCCAAGAUCUGUUCGGCUCGGAGGACACGGACCUGCGUUUCGUCGAGCCGGCCUCUGGCGGCACGGGCGGCUGGCGCCAGCUGAAGGAGGCUCGUCCGGAGACGUUCAAGUCGCCGCUGCGGGCGCGCGGUGCUCAGCACUCGGCGCCGCCGCACUCGGGGACCGAUGUGGACCUGCGCGUGCCGCCGGGCCGGCCGGCGCUGCUGUCGGCGCCCCCUCCGCCGCCGGCGGGCCGCCACCUGGACCUGGACGGCGAGCUGCGCGCCCUCGAGGAGUCCCAGGAGGCCACCCAGAAGAACAUCACCAUGAUCCUAUCGCAGGCCGAGGAGCAGCUCAAGUCGGGGAACAUCUCCAUCGAGCAGUACAACAACAUAUUACAGCAGGUGAUCCAGCUGGACGAGCGUCAGAAGAUCCAGGAGCGCCGCACGCUGGAGCGCCGCCAGAGCAUGUCUGAGCGCAGCGGCAGCCGGCACGAGAGCGUCUCCUCGGCGGGCAGCGCCGCCGACAUGGACGAGCGGGAGCGGUCCAGGGGUGACCCCGGCGGCAGCGACGUGCCGAUGCGCGUCUGGGACGACCCGGUGCCGGGCGGCGGCUGGCGGCGGCCGGCCGAGCCGCGCGGCGGCCUCCUGCCGCUACCGCACCCCAGUAUGUCUGGCCGCGCGCCGCCUGGCGGCUACCCGGGCCCGCCGGACGACUACCUGGACCAGGACCACCGGCUGCACGGCGGCGGCGGUUAUGACGGCCCGUACGGCGGCCGCGGCGGUCGGCCCGGGCCGCCGGGACCCCCGGGCGGUCACCGCGGCCGGCUCGGGCCCCCCGGGCCCCCGGGGCCUCCGUACGAGGGCCCGCCGCCGCCGUUCCGCGACCGGGGUCGGGGCCGCGGCGGCCGGCCCCCGCCGCGCGGCCCGCUCGGACAUGGACGGUUCGAGGAGUUCGAGCCGACCUCUGAGCCGGACCUGCCGGAGGCGAGCGCCGACGACCUGGCGCAGGUGGAGCGCAGCCGCGCCGACAGCACCUCCACAUUCAUCAACGAGGAGGCGCGCGAGAUCCGCUGGUACGGCGAGAACUGCGUCUGCCUCCUGGACUGGGACGACCCGCGCAUGCUGUUCUUCAAGCCGGGCGCGCGGCACAUCUCUCUGGACGGUCAGCAGUUCCUGUGUCGGUUCAACGAGGGCUACACGGACAUCUCAGUGGACGGCGUGCGCCACCGGGUGCGGCUCGGCUACCCGACCAAGGAGGUGUUCCUGGACGGACACGGCUACCAGGUGUUUUUCGGCGGCGACCCCAUCCAGGUGAUCGUGGACGGCCGGCAGCGAGCGCUCAGCGUCGAGGGGCCGGCGCCCGGCGUGGCCAUCGGCCGGCGGCGCACCGACUUCUGCGCCGGCAAAAUCAAAAUGAUCAUCGACGGCAACGAGACGGUGCCCAUCUACCUGGACUGCAAGCCGCAGCGGUUCGACGUGGCCGGCAAGCCGCACGUGCUGCGCUUCCGGGACGGCUUCCUGCGGAUGGAGCUGAACGGACACGUGAUGCGCACCGAGUUCGGCGGCCUACCGGUGCCGGUGGUGGUGGGCGGCCGCAAACACUACAUCCGGCUGACGCGGGUGCCGGUGCGCGUCCGGCCCGGCCGCAUGGAGAUGAAGGGCAUGUUCCCCAACCACCAGGCGCCCUGGCCGCUGCCCUGGGAGGACCGCGAGUUCCAGCUGAUGCCGAUGGCCGGGCCGGGCCGCCGCGAGGACGAGGACGAGGAACCGUACCGCGCCGGGCCGCCGGGGCUGCCCGGCCGGCAGGGACCGCCGCCCCGCGGACCACCGCCGCGCGGACCGCACGGCCGCGGUCGGCCGCCUCUGGGACCGCCCGGACCGCCCGGUCCCGGCGGUCCGCCCGUCUGGGAGGAGCCGCCCGACGACCUGCCCCGCAACCCGGCCCCCUCUCUGGACGUCAUCUCCAACAUGAUGCCGACCACGGUGACCAAGCCGCCGACGGGGCCGUCCUAUCACUCCACCGAAAACCCCGGCGUGGCGCUGGCCCCCGGCGCCGGCGGGAUGGACAUCAACGAGCUGCUCAAAAAGCUGGCCACGAGCGGGCUGAUCGGCGCCGCGCAGCUGCCAGCCGGCGGCAAACCCAACGCCAGCCGGAGAGAGGAGGAGAUCAAAAACAUCAAGGAGAUCAGCUGGAAGUCGGAUAGCCUCAAAGUUCGUCAGCCGGGCAUCAUCAACCUGCUCUACUCUGGGAUCCAGUGCGCGUCGUGCGGCUCGCGCUUCCUGCCCGAGCAGACGGUGCAGUACUCGAAUCACCUGGACUGGCACUUCCGUCAGAAUCGGCGGGAGAAGGAGGGCGCCCGGCGCGCGCAGAGCCGCCGCUGGUACUACGACCAGGCCAGCUGGAUGCAGUACGAAGAGGUCGAGGACGCAGACGACAGGGUUGACCCGGCAUUUGAUCAGCCGGAUCCAAUGGAAGGGGCCGAGGAGGAGGACCCCGAGUCGCUCUGUUCGGCGCCCGUGGGGCCCACCGAGGCCGACAACAAGUGCCAGGUGUGUGGCGAGCAGCUGCGGCGCUUCUUCCACGAGGAGUCGGAAGAGUGGCACCUGCGCGACUGCAUCCGCGUCGAGGGGAAGGCCUACCACCCGGGCUGCUUCGAGGACCACAAGACGACGCUGCUGCUUCAGUCGGUGAUGAGCCACGACAGUACGGACGCCUCGGCCGCCGGAGACGUCUCCAUGGAGGAGCACGAGUUCAAACCCACACCGGACGACGACGAGGAAGACCGGAAACUGAGCCAGGAGGACCGGAAACUGAGCCAGGAGGACCGGAAACUGAGCCAGGACGACCGGAAACUGAGCCAGGAGGACCGACAACUGAGCCAGGAGGACCGGACACUCUCCCAGGAGGACCGCAAACCGUCCGAGGAGGAUCUCAAACCGUCCGAGGAGGAGCUCCAGGCCUCCAAGGAGGAGUACCAGGCCGCCGCCGAGGACAGAAAGCCCUCGGCCGAGGAGCUGGCGUCCGCGGAGGGCGUCAUGUCGGGAGCCGGGGACGCCAAACCCACAGCGGAUGAUCCCAGGCUGGAUGAACCGCAGCCGGACGCGGAGAAGGACCCCGCUCCGACUGAGACGGAGCUGCCGUCCGGUCAUGUGGAGAUGGAGUCCGCCGAGGGGCCCGCGGCUGAGAGCAGUGAGGCGCCGCCGGCCGCAGAGGCCCCGGAGGACGGCGAGCCUGCGGGGUCCGGUCUGACAGAAACGACAGUCGAUAGAGAAGCAGAGUCCAGCCCGGUGCCAGCCGCUGACGUGGACACUGCGGCCGAGGACGUGGGCGAACGCGCGCCGGACGUGAACGUGACGUCCACGGACGUGGACGUGACUGAGAGCUCCGUGCGGCCGGAGCAGGACGCAGCGGAGGGCGAGCCGGCGCCCGAGGAGGCGGCCGGCGACUCCGCCGCGGCCGAGGCCGGGCCCGCGGAGCCCGAGCCGUCCCAGGAGUCUGUGCCGGAGGUGGGGGAGGACGAGUCGUACCGAGUGGAGGAGAUCGGCCGGCGGCCGGCCGAGCCCGACUCGCAGCUCUCCCAGCCGCCGCCGGUGAAGGAGGAGCCCCUCACGGAGACCUGGAGUGACGCCUCACUGCCGCCCUCUGAUGACGAGGACUGCGUCACCGUGACCGUGGCGCCGCCCGCCGCCGGCGUCAUCAAGCCGGAGAGGCCCGCGUCGGGCUCUCCGCCGCCGCCGGCGCCGGCCACUGCCGCUGCCGAGCCGCCCCCGACGGCCGCGCCGGCGGUCGAGCCGCCCGUGAGACGCGACCCGUCCGCCUCACCGCCGCCGGCCGCCCCGGCCGUGACGGUCGCGCCGCAUCGCAGCCCCUCGCCGGCCGCCGUCCGGCCGCCGCUGGACGAGCCGCAGCAGCUGAUGGACGGCCAUAUUGCCGUACCGGAGGCGCGCCGCCCGCUCGGCGGCCGCAUCCGACUGAACCUGGCGGGCGCGGCGCCGGCGCCGGAGCCGGAGGCGCCGCGGUUCUCCGAGCGGCCGGCGCCGGCCUCCGUGAAGCCGGCGCUGGUGGGCCGCCAGCUGACCGAGCUGCCGCUCAAACACAGCGGCGACGAGGAGUCCGGUCUGUGCGCCAUCAUGUGAGACGACGUGUGCCGCGCGGCGUCGGCGCCGAGCAGGUGUUCAGCUGUGAUAUUUGUGCGCGCGGCGGGCGGGCGACCGCCGCCGGUCUUGUUUUACCUGUGCCUUGUUCUGUUAUCACCAAGAAUUAUUUUCGCAA